UUAUGGCUUUGAAGGAAACAGUGAUACGUAUACAUAUGAUACUCAUUUUCAAGGGACAAGGGAAUUCUUGACACAAAAUAACUCAAAAUAUGCCGCGCGGCCCGUUGACAAAGCACGGGUAACGCCAGCACCAAUAGGCGUUAUUUAACUAUCCCAUAGCUGUUUUCAAUCUCAAAAGUAUCAUGGGUGUGAGUGAGCGAACACGGAAGUGACACGUUUUCUGUUUAUAUGCGGUUAAGAUGGCGGAGAAUAGCCCCAUAGCAGUUAAGCGAUGCGACUCUGCAUGUGUGUCUGCCGUGAGUAUGGAGGCUAUCUCAGCUCUAACGGAGCUGGAGGAUCUGGAGCGGGUCUACCAGCAGCUCUGCACCGAGGAGAAAGAGGUGGAGACCGAGCUGGAGAAGCUGGUUGGGCAGCAGGGGAACAUUGACAUCAAGAUGCUUGCUCUUCAAAGAAUGGGGCCAAACCUGCAGCUGAUAGGAGGAGAUGCCAGUCAGCUGUCUGGGAUGAUCACCUUCACCUGCAGCCUGGCAGAGAAUGUCAGUAGCAAAGUCCGCCAGCUAGACCUGGCAAAGACCCGACUUUAUAAGGUUAUCCAGCGGGCUGAUGACAUCCUGGACCUGAAGUUCUGCACCGACGGUGUUCAGACGGCGUUGCGCAACGAGGACUAUGAACAGGCUGCCGCUCACAUCCACCGCUACCUGUCUCUCGACCAAUCAGUCAUUGAGCUUAGCCGACAGGGAGAAGAGAGCAGCGCUGUGGAUGCUAGCCUGGCCAUGCUUCAAGAGUCGGAGCAGCGAUUGAAGGUGCUGGUUGCUGAGCGAUUGGAUGAGGCUGUGUCUAAAGGUGAUCUGGCACAGGUGGAAAGAUUCUUUAAAAUCUUUCCAUUACUCGGUCUUCAUGAGCAAGGUCUAGCUCGCUUUGGACACUACCUCUGCAGCCAGCUGGCCUCUAAAGCAGAGGAGAACCUGCUCCUGGCUGUGGGAGGUGAUCUGGGAGAAAGGAGAGCUGCUCUGGUCUUUGCUGACACCCUUACUCUGCUUUUGGAGGGGAUAGCUCGUGUUGUGGAGACGCACCAGCCUAUUGUAGAGACGUACUAUGGUCCAGGCUACCUUUACACUCUCAUCACUCACCUUCAGAAGGAGUGUGACCGACAAGCCCAGAAAGUUGUUGACAAGUUCAUCCAACAGAGGGACUACCGCAACAAGUUUCAGAUCAUCCAGAGCAGCAUGAUGAAGAGCAUACCCACUGAAAGGAUUGAGCCCCGGGAGCUGGAUCCUGUACUAUUGGAAGUCACUCUGAUGAAUGCCAGGUCGGAGCUCUACUUGCGGUUCCUACGGCGUCGCAUGAUGGCAGACUUUGAGGUUGGGGAUGCUGUGGCGCUACCUGUCAUUGCUCAAGAGCACAAGCAUAAUGUGGACAAAUUGUUGAAACACUGCAUGCUGAGCCAGCUAAUGCAGGAGCUCAUUGGCUACUACAUUCCAAUGGAGGAAUACUACAUGAGAGAAACUGUCAGCAAGGCCGUGACCAUGGAUACGUAUGAGAAGGGUCAACUGACCUCCAGCAUGGUGGAUGACUGCUUCUACAUUGUGAAGAAGUGCGUCAGUAGAGCCCUGUCCAGCUCCAGCAUUGACUGUCUGUGUGCCAUGAUCAACCACUCGACCUCAGUGCUGGAGUCUGACUUCAGGGAGGUUUUGUAUAACAAGCUGAGGCAGGGCUUCCCAGCAACCACACUGCAGGACAUCCAGCGUGGGGUGAGCAGUGCAGUGAGCCUGAUGCAGAGCAGCCUUCAGCAGGGCAAGUUCAACAACCUGGGCAUCGACAGUGCAGACGUUGCUAAGGCAGCUUUCCUGGUGACUCUGAACAAUGUGGAGGUGUGUAGUGAGAACCUCACCACACUGAAGAGGAACCUGGAGAGCGAUUGCGCCAAGUUGUUCACUCAAGGCGCAGGAUCAGGAGAGCAAGCUAAGAUUGACAGCUGUCUGUCAGACCUCGUCAACACAUCCAGCAAGUUUAAGGAUCUGCUUCAGGAGGGCCUGAUGGAGCUGAACACCACAGCUAUAAAGCCUCAAGUUAAACCCUGGAUCAGCAGCUUCCUGUCUAUCUCACACAACAUAGAGGAGGAGGAGUUUAAUGAAUAUGAGGCCAACGACCCCUGGGUCCAGCAGCUCAUCGUCAACCUGGAGCAACUCAUGGCAGAGUUCAAGACGGGCCUGUCACCAGUUAUAUACGACACACUGACGAGCCUGAUGACCAGUUUGGUGUCCAUGGAGAUGGAGAAGACUGUUCUGAAGUGCAACUUCAGCAGGCUGGGAGGGCUGCAGUUCGAUAAGGAACUGCGUUCCCUGGUGGCCUACCUCACUACUGUUACCACCUGGACUAUUAGAGACAAGUUUUCCCGCCUCACUCAAAUGGCCACCAUCCUGAACCUGGAGAGGGUAACAGAGAUCCUUGAUUACUGGGGCCCAAACUCUGGACCGUUAACCUGGCGUCUGACCCCAGCGGAGGUCCGACAGGUUCUGGCGCUCCGCAUCGACUUUCGCAGCGAAGACAUUAAGAGGCUCCGCCUCUAACCAUAGACAGUGCUGGUACACAUGUUACCUGGGACUUUGCUUAUGCUGAAGAGGAUUGUGCAGGUGUAUCCCCUGAAUGGUAUGUCAGGUAUCACUGAUAUGUCCGUAUACCUCUGACCAUGGCUCGCCUCAGAGUACGAGGAAGAACAGGUUAUUAACCAAAGAUAAAGGACCAGACUCCCAAAGGGUUCCAGGUAGGACUGAGAUUAGGCCAAUAUGGUCUUUGAUCUGUAGUUAAUGCCGCUUCCUCCCUUUAGGGCCUCAUACAGCCAAGAGUAAUUGUGAUGGAACUAUGGGAUUGUCGAACAGUGGGAUUAUGGAUUUUAGACUUUUUGCUUGGAUUAAUAAAUAUCAUCUGACAUUAAAUGUAAAAUAUUAAAGUGAUCUCUCAUAUAUAUAUAUAUUGUUUUGUCAUUAAUUGAUAUUGAAAUAUCUGCCAUUUAACCUUAAAUGGAAUCCAUCAUUCCAUUUGAAUGACCGAAAAGCUGUAUUCCUUCUGGCGGACAGCGUAGACCUGUGUUCUGACACUGAAAUGACCCAGUAAUGAACAAAGAAUCCAUUCAACUGACAGAACCAGGUCAGACGGUUGAUCCAGACUCAUCAUUCUAUGUAUAUGUAUGUGUAUGUAUAUAUUCUACAAGUCUAAUCAAAAGAUUGCAGUGUUGCUUGGAAAAUAAAUUUCUGUUCACCUGGAACUGAA